AUGAAUUUUCAUUUUCUUAUGACACUUAUCAUGUUCUUGAUAAAUCUGUUAAUAGUAGUAGUAGCUAUAUUCUGUACUUCUAUUAUUUUACUAAUUAUUUGGAGAAGACAAUAUUCCAAAAAGCGAACUGAAAGAUCACAAAAGGAAACAGUUGUGGGUUUUUUUCAUCCAUAUUGUAAUUCAGGUGGUGGUGGUGAAAGAGUACUUUGGGCUGCAGUCAAUGCUAUACAAACCAGAUAUCCCAAUGUGCACAUAGUUAUCUAUACUGGAGAUCUUGAAGCUCAUCCAGAACAAAUACUUAACAAAACAAAAAAGGUAUUUAAUUAUAAAAUUGAAUGUAAAGUUGAAUUUGUAUAUUUACAUAGACGUGCAUGGGUGGAAGCUUCAAAGUAUCCUUAUUUUACACUUUUGGGACAAAGUUUAGGAUCUAUUUGGCUGGGUAUUGAAGCUUUAAAUAACUAUGUUCCAGAUAUUUACAUUGAUACCAUGGGUUAUGCAUUCACUUAUCCAUUAUUUAGAUAUAUUGGUGGAUGUCGAGUAGCAACGUAUACUCAUUAUCCCACAAUUUCAACUGAUAUGUUAAGACAUGUUUAUAAAAGGGUCAUCUCGCAUACUAAUAAAAGAGUUAUAGCCAGGAAUCCAUUUUUAUCAGCAGCCAAGCUUGUAUAUUAUAAAUUCUUUGGAUAUGUUUAUGGAUGGGUUGGUAGCACGGCCGAAAUUGUAAUGGUAAAUUCUUCAUGGACUGAAGAACACAUUAACACAAUUUGGAAAUGUCCGCUAAAGACUCAUAAAAUUUAUCCACCGUGCGAUGUGAAACAUUUAUUAUCUCUACCACUUCUCAGCGACGAUGAAAAAUCUAAUACUAUUCGUAUAGUUUCAGUUGCACAAUUCAGACCAGAAAAGAAUCAUCCAUUAAUGCUGAAAGCUAUGUACGAACUUAGGUCAAUUGUUAAAGAAGAAGUUUGGGAAAAAAUACGAUUAGUUCUAAUUGGCUCUUGUCGAAAUUUUGAAGACGAAAAACGUAUGGAAGAUAUGCAAGAUUUAUCUAAACACUUUGCAUUAGAUGAAAACGUAGAGUUUAAAUUAAAUUUACCAUACCCGGAACUUCUCUCGGAACUUCAACGAGCUACGAUAGGUUUACACACAAUGUGGAAUGAACAUUUUGGUAUCAGCAUUGUUGAAUGCAUGGCAGCAGGAUUAAUUGUAGUAGCUCAUGCUUCUGGUGGCCCAAAAGUUGAUAUAAUAGAAACACAACCAGGGUCUCAAAAUGGAUUUUUAGCUACAGAAGCUAAAGAGUAUGCAACAGAAAUAGCACGUAUUAUUAGGAUGGAUUCAGAGCCUAGAGAAACUAUUAGAAGAAAAGCUAGAGCAUCAGUAAAUCGAUUUUCAAAUGAAGUCUUUGAAAGAGAAUUUUUACGAACAAUAGAACCAUUUUUUAGACAAAAACAGGAAUGA